AAUAGUUGUGUUGGCAACAAUGAGAAGAUAAGCACAAGAUAAAUAAAAAGAAAAAAUAGUGGUGCCCUACGUCUCUAUUUUUUCGGUUUUAUUCUAAAAAUUGUGUAUUUUCUAGUGUUUUUCUCGACUCGGGAACUAUUGGCAAUAAUAUAAAAUAAGUAUUGCUUGUAUUUCUUAUAAAAAAAUAGUGAAAUACCCACGGAUCAAUAGCAUGAUACACAAUAGUGAAAUGACUGUUUCCCCUCUUGCUUAAUAAUUAGCGAUCGAAUGGUGAUAUCGCUCUCGUUGAAUAAUUACAUUAUUAUUCACUUAUUCUGAGUAAUAUCGGUUUGUAAAAGUGCGAGAUAAUGAAUUCCAAUAACCACAACCCACAUCGCAGAAACUCCUCUAAUUUUAACAGGCACAACAAUAAUUUACCAAAUCGAUCUAAUCAUCCAAUAAAUCAUCCCCAUAAUCACCAAAAAUGGCCAAGCAGAUACCCUAAAGAAUAUAAUAGAGAAUACGAAACUAAUUUCAAUAGACGUGAAUGUCUAGUUGCUCCUAAUGGUAGUCCGAAAGAACCCAAUCAUUUGCACAGUUACCCAAAGAAUCCUCAGCUGAGUCCCGGGGCCAGAAACAACCAUACUCAUUACAACAACGAAGCCUCAGGUCAUCAAACUCUUCGCGUGGUUUCGAUGCCGAUCGGUCACGGCGGUAACGGCGGUACCCAAAAUUUCCAUCCGAACGCAGGAGUUGCAGUAUCCAACAAUGGAGAUCGUCGACAUAUUCCGAGUUUAGUGGAUAGGCGGCACAUUUCACCGCCGUUGCAUAUCAACAUUUGCGAUAACGGUAACAGCAUGAUGAAUAUGAAUUCCCCACCAGCUGAAGGAAUGCAAAUCCAUCAGAGAGCCAUGAUGGAUUUUUCGCAUGGGAGAAGGAGACACGGUAUCGAUAUGCGCGUGAGUCCCGUACACUUCCAACAACACUCGCCGUCGUUUUACAGACAGUCCAGCGACGAAUACAUAAAAAGCGAGAGUCCUUCGUGCAAACGCAGACGUUUAUCCCGAUCUAGUCACCACGUAGAUUUGAACGUGCAACCCCCGUCGCCCCCACGACGUUCACCGAGACAACACCCCCCAUCCACGUCCCAUCCGCCGAUGCAGGUACCGGUAACGAUUCCGGUGAAUCACGAAACGGUUUGGAGUUACACGUCUCCGCACGUUUCUCUGUGCACCGUACCGCCGAGCGCGCCGCCUCACAUGCACAAUUGCCAUUUACAUAACGUAUACGCCGCCGUACCGCCUCUAGUACCGCAACAGUUUCCGCCCGGUUGCAUCCCCCAUCAGACUUUCGCCACUUUCGGUCCACCGGCACCUAGUGCCGUGCCGAUGCCGACUCAACAUUACCCCCAUCAGCGUAUAUCUCCGCAGAGACCCGACACAUUCGAAUUGGAUCUACUCAACGACCAUCAUCAUCACCACGCUCACACCCAUUCCGCCAUACACGGAGCAUCCUCUUUACACGUACCGCCCAUACAAAUGUCUUCGCCCGCUUCUCUAUUCCUAUCUACGGAAACGCGAGGAGCUACUCCUCUCGACCUGUUACACGCCGCUCGUUCGCGUCAGCACAGGAACGCUCGUCUACCGCCUCCUAGGACACGCUGGCAUCACAGUCCGCCUUUGAUAGCCGCCCCGGCGGGUUUCUUGUUACAUUUCUUUACAAUGUUUUCGAAUUCCCCGAUGUCGCCGUUCAGCCAGAGCAGUUCGGAUACCACCGAAACCGAAAAUUACGAAGCCCUUUUGAAUUUGGCGGAACAAUUGGGGGAGGUGAUUCCCCGGGGGUUGAGUAAACUCGAAAUCGAACAAUUGGUCAGUUACAAAUACGACGCCGAGACGCACGAAGGGGAUCAGACGUCGUGCGUCGUCUGCAUGUGCGAUUUCGAAGCUCGACAAAUACUCAGGGUGUUGCCGUGCUCGCACGAAUUCCACGCCAAAUGUAUCGAUAAGUGGUUGAGGUCGAACAGAACCUGUCCAAUUUGCAGAGGUGACGCUUCGGAUUAUUUCACAAAUAGUGAAUAGAGUGUUUUUUCGCCUUUAUCACACAAAUUACCCCCACUUCUAUAUAUUUUCCAAAAAUUAAAAAAAAAAAAUAAUAACAAAAAUAAAAAUUAAUAUUCGAAAUAUCACCAAUUGCAACGCUUUAAGAGUAAUUUUUGUGUCGGGUGCCAUUAGUUGCCAGUAAUCAUAGAUUAAAUGUCAUGUUAUUUUCUAUUAAUAAUAAUAAUUAAUAAUAAUUAAUUAAUUAAUAAUAAUUGUUAAUUUUAAGGAUGCAGCAAUAUAUCGGGGUGUCUCGUCGUUCGAUUUUCAACGUGAUUUUCUUUAUUGUUUUUUUUUUUUUCGUUUAUUUUAAUUAAGGAGUUUAAAUUCCGUCCUUCACUUUACAGGGUGAUUCAACAAAUAUGAUUAUUUACCGUUUCGAUAAUACUCGUCAUUAUUUUUUUUUCUUUAUUUUCGUAUUUGAUCCGCAAAUUAUUGUUUUUAUAAAUUUAUUCGCAGCUUCGAAUUUUCCUUAUUUUAUUUUUUUUUUUUUUUCAUUAUUUUCGACCUACCCUGUGAUUGUUACUCCGGCAGCUUGUUUUCUUCUCUUCCAAUAAAAAAAAUCCUCUUUUGUUUAAAAAUCGAUGUAUUUGAUCUCAAAACAAAAUAAUGUACAGAUUGUAUCGAUAUUAGGACAAAAGGGGGGCUUUCGAUUUUUUAUUUAUUUUUUUUUAUUUUUUUUUUUUCGUUUUUCGCACCACGUAAAGCUCAAAAACGACGACGAGACACCCCUCCUCCUCCUCCUCCUCCCCCCUUUGAGAUGCGAACUAAUUAAUUAUAAUUAUUAUUUUUUUAAUUUUAAUUUAAUUUUUUUUUUAAUUAUUUUUUUUUGUUUUUCGUUUUAUUUCGAAACGAAAGGCGUCGAAAAUGGUUUUUCUUUUUUUCUCUAUUUUUUCCAUUCGCAAUUAACGUGGAUGUAGGGUACUACUAUUUUUUACAUCGAUUUAGGUAUGGUACCGGUCCGACAACGUCGCAAUUUCACAAUACACACGGUUAUCCUUUUACAUGAAAUCCGGGAUUAAAAAAUGGAAGUUCGGCAACGUCGCAUUUUCUACGAAAUUCUCUCCAAUUUCUGGCGAUCUGAAGAAAUGGUGAAAAUUCGGCAACGUCGCAAUUUCUAUGAAAUUCUCUCCAAUUUCUUGGGACAUGGUGAAAAUUCGGCAACGUCGCAAUUUCUAUGAAAUUCUCUCCAAUUUCUGGCGAUCUAGGGGAAAUGGUGAAAAUUCGGCAACGUCGCAAUUUCUAUGAAAUUCUCUCCAAUUUCUGGUGAUCUAGGGGAAAUGGUGAAAAUUCGCCAACGUCGCAAUUUCUAUAAAAUUCUCUCCAAUUUCUGGCGAUCUAGGGGAAAUGGUGAAAAUUCGGCAACGUCGCAAUUUCUAUGAAAUUCUCUCCAAUUUCUGGCGAUCUAGGGGAAAUGGUGAAAAUUCGGCAACGUCGCAAUUUCUAUGAAAUUCUCUCCAAUUUCUGGCGAUCUAGGGGAAAUGGUGAAAAUUCGGCAACGUCGCAAUUUCUAUGAAAUUCUCUCCAAUUUCUUGGGACAUGGUGAAAAUUCGGCAACGUCGCGAUUUCUAUAAAAUUCUCUCCAAUUUCUGGCGAUCUAGGGGAAAUGGUGAAAAUUCGCCAACGUCGCAAUUUCUAUGAAAUUCUCUCCAAUUUCUGGCGAUCUAGGGGAAAUGGUGAAAAUUCGCCAACGUCGCAAUUUCUAUGAAAUUCUCUCCAAUUUCUUGGGACAUGGUGAAAAUUCGGCAACGUCGCGAUUUCUAUAAAAUUCUCUCCAAUUUCUGGCGAUCUAGGGGAAAUGGUGAAAAUUCGGCAACGUCGCAAUUUCUAUAAAAUUUUCUCCAAUUUCUGGUGAUCUCAGGAAAUGGUGAAAAUUCGCCAACGUUGCAAUUUCUAUGAAAUUCUCUCCAAUUUCUUGGGACAUGGUGAAAAUUCGGCAACGUCGCGAUUUCUAUGAAAUUGUCUCCAAUUUCUGGCGAUCUGGGGAAAUGGUGAAAAUUCGGCAACGCCGCAAUUUCUAUAAAAUUCUCUCCAAUUUCUGGCGAUCUAGGGGAAAUGGUGAAAAUUCGGCAACGUCGCAAUUUCUAUAAAAUUUUCUCCAAUUUCUGGUGAUCUGGGGAAAUGGUGAAAAUUCGCCAACGUCGCAAUUUUUAUGAAAUUCUCUCCAAUUUCUUGGGACAUGGUGAAAAUUCGGCAACGUCGCGAUUUCUAUAAAAUUCUCUCCAAUUUCUGGCGAUCUAGGGGAAAUGGUGAAAAUUCGGCAACGUCGCAAUUUCUAUGAAAUUCUCUCCAAUUUCUGGCGAUCUAGGGGAAAUGGUGAAAAUUCGGCAACGUCGCGAUUUCUAUGAAAUUGUCUCCAAUUUCUGGCGAUCUGGGGAAAUGGUGAAAAUUCGGCAACGUCGCAAUUUCUAUAAAAUUCUCUCCAAUUUCUGGCGAUCUAGGGGAAAUGGUGAAAAUUCGGCAACGUCGCAUUUUCCAUGAAAUUGUCUCUAAUUUCAGGCGAUCUAGGGGAAAUGGUGAAAAUUCGGCAACGUCGCAAUUUCUAUAAAAUUCUCUCCAAUUUCUGGUGAUCUAGGGGAAAUGGUGAAAAUUCGCCAACGUCGCAAUUUCUAUAAAAUUCUCUCCAAUUUCUGGCGAUCUGGGGAAAUGGUGAAAAUUCGGCAACGUCGCAUUUUCCAUGAAAUUGUCUCUAAUUUCAGGCGAUCUAGAGGAAAUGGUGAAAAUUCGGCAACGUCGCAAUUUCCAAAAUAUUUUUGUAUUGCAUAACUCGUAGAUAUCUUUAGGUUUUGUGAGAAACGCUACAUCCGGCAACGUGGCAGUAUCCGUACAGUUUUUUAGAUUCUUCUAGUUCUUUCAAAUCUAGGGAAAAAAAUUAAGUUCGGCAACAUCGCAGUUCCUUAAAUUGUUUUCAGUUUUUAAAGGCAAUUUUUCGAAACCUCGAUUUUCAAGUUAACCCACUACUGCGUUAAGUUUACGUUUGGCAACGCCGCAAUUAUAAUUAAAUACUCGACGUUUGACUACACCGCAAUUUUCCGAUUUCCUUAUAUCGACAAUUUCUUUGUACCAUUAAAUGACAUCUACUCCGUUUUCUUUUUUUUUUUUUUAGACGUGACAACAGCGCGAAUUCGAUAAUUUCGUCUCAUUUUUCCCUAGAUUAGUACGAAUUAACAAUUUGGCAUCGGCGCGAUUAGGAAAUUUCCAUAAACUGUGAACUUAUGGUACCGUAUCUAAUUCGUUUUGGAUAAUUACCAUUAUGGUAUCGAUUAGCGGUCCAACAUUUUAUUAACCGCCUUCAAUAAAUAAAUGCGCGGUGUUUCACUUAUUCCGUCUUUCUCUAUUAUAUUAUCUAUUAUAAUAAUGUUUAAAGAAUAGAGAGCAUAACGAAAAUUAACGAUAAUAAAACCGAAAUAAUAAUGAAAAAAAUAAAAAUCGAAUUUUUCCCAUAUAGUUUACUUAUUCGAAGUGUUAGUAGAAAAAAAAAAUAUUGAACGUACCUCGUAUAUAUAUAUUUAUGAAAUUUUUCGGAUAUUUGGGUUUUUUUUUGAGGUUACGUUUUGUUUUGUUAAUUUUUGGUAUGCUUCUAUUAAAUAUUUCACGAUUUGCUUAUCUCUGUGCUGUAUAGAAUUUUUUCGAUAUUUUUCGUAUAAAGUGUGUACGCGUCCGUUUUGACAUAUUGUGCGUGCGUGCGUGCGUGCGUGUGAACGUUGCUUAAAGGUCGUCUUUCUAAUAGAAUUUUUUAGAAAUAAUUAAUCGGUCUUAGAAAAAUAACGGGUUCAAAAAUGUGGUAAAUUUUUUGUGUAUUCGGUUUAAUUACAUUUUGAAAAAAAUUUGUAGUCGAACAAUUUUUCCUCGAAGUUAUGGAAAUUAUCGAAAAUCGACCAUUUCUUUUUUGCAAAUAAUUUAAAAUCGUCCUUUGAGGUUUUUCGAAAUGUUUCUUCGCUAUCUGCUGUUUUAGAGUCAUCGCCAUGGUGUUUACCUUCAAUCGCUUCUGCUGCUUAGUAUCGAGAUGAAAUUUUCUAGAUUUUCCUCGUUUUUCGACGAUAGUUUUUGGAGUACUUCUAGUGCAGCUGUUGGACAUCAUCUACAAGCCCUUGUUGCACAUAUGCAAUCCAGUCUUCGUACCAUCGAGAAAUGAUUCCGUGUGAUUUACAAGGUGUUUGGUUCUAAGCUAUUCCAGUUCUUGGUUGCUGUUUUAGAGGUGUUUACCUUCCAAUUGCUUGGACACCUUGAUGUUGAGACUAAUUUUUCUCGAUUUUCCUCAUUUUUCCCCUUUUUGGUUCCUGUUGUGAACAAUCCGACUGACGUUUUUCCUUUCGAGCUUCCCAGUACUAUUCGGAAUACUUCUAGUGCAUCUGCAGUCUUCGUACCAUGGAGAUUUUGUUCCUUGAGUUUUUUUUGAAAUUUUUUUUCCAAAUGAUUAUCAAAAUUUUUCAAAAUGUGAUUAAAGUUGAAAGUACCACGAAGAGAUUACUAGACAGUUGUCAAAAAAAAUGAAUAAACUCUCGAUGUUUUUUAGUGUGUAAAUUUUUUGUCGCUUAACGACUUCUACGGGGGUCUUACAAAUAAUAUUUCAUCCCUAAAAAUUUUCUAAGAAACGGUAUCGUGUUAAUUUUUUUUUUUCACGUUAUGUUUAAGACGUUUUUUACUGUUUUUUUGGAAUAUUGAAUGUUUGUAGCUGAAUUUUAGGGGCAAUAUUUUUCCUAUUCGUUGAAUUGCGUUUAUAAAAAAAAAUGUAUUUUUUCGUUUUAUUAUAUAUAUUCACCGUUUUUUUUUUCAAAUUGAUUUUUCUCGUUAAAUAAACCGUUAAAUGUUGAAAAAAAAAUAUGAAAAUAAAAAAUUUUUCACUUUAGGCGCACGAUAAAAUUUUUUCAAAAAAUUUUCGAUAUUAUAUAUUGAUUUAUUACGGGGGCGAAUAGUAAAGUUCGUGGAAAAUAUAGUCCAUACAUUUCGUGGAAAACAAUGUAUUUGAAUGAAAAUUUAUUUUGAUUUUCCGCGUUUGACAAGUCGUAAUGAAAAUUCUGUGAUGUCUACUUAUGUCCGUUUACAAAAUGGCGGGUUUUUCAUCAAAAUGUCGCGGUAUUUCCGAGUAACGGUGUUUUGAAAUUGAAAAUACGGUCAAUUUAGUCAAAAAUCCGUCAAAUAAUUGACGUGGAUGUCAAAUUUGACUUCGAUUUAUUCAUUUCUAUAGUCACGUGGUCAUUAUUCCGCCAUAUUGUUGGCCAACUACGAUCAAAAUGUUGUUUCUUUUCGUUCUGUGAUGUCCGUUUACAAAAUGGCGGGUUUUUCAUCAAAAUGUCGCGGUAUUUCCGAGUAACGGUGAUUUGACAUUGAAAAUACGGUCAAUUUAGUCAAAAAUCCGACAAAUAAUUGACGUGGAUGUCAAAUUUGACUUCGAUUUAUUCAUUUCUAUAGUCACGUGGUCAAUAUUCCGCCAUAUUGUUGGCCAACUACGAUCAAAAUGUUGUUUCUUUUCGUUCUGUGAUGUCCGUUUACAAAAUGGCGGGUUUUUCAUCAAAAUGUCGCGGUAUUUCCGAGUAACGGUGAUUUGACAUUGAAAAUACGGUCAAUUUAGUCAAAAAUCCGUCAAAUAAUUGACGUGGAUGUCAAAUUUGACUUCGAUUUAUUCAUUUCUAUAGUCACGUGGUCAUUAUUCCGCCAUAUUGUUGGCCAACUACGAUCAAAAUGUUGAUUCUUUUCGUUCCGUGAUGUCCGUUUAUAAAAUGGAGGGUUUUUCAUCAAAAUGUCGCGGUAUUUCCGAGUAACGGUGAUUUGACAUUGAAAAUACGGUCAAUUUAGUCAAAAAUCCGUCAAAUAAUUGACGUGGAUGUCAAAUUUGACUUCGAUUUAUUCAUUUCUAUAGUCACGUGGUCAUUAUUCCGCCAUAUUGUUGGCCAACUACGAUCAAAAUGUUGAUUCUUUUCGUUCCGUGAUGUCCGUUUAUAAAAUGGAGGGUUUUUCAUCAAAAUGUCGCGGUAUUUCCGAGUAACGGUGAUUUGACAUUGAAAAUACGGUCAAUUUAGUCAAAAAUCCGUCAAAUAAUUGACGUGGAUGUCAAAUUUGACUUCGAUUUAUUCAUUUCUAUAGUCACGUGGUCAUUAUUCCGCCAUAUUGUUGGCCAACUACGAUCAAAAUGUUGUUUCUUUUCGUUCUGUGAUGUCCGUUUACAAAAUGGCGGGUUUUUUAUCAAAAUUUCGCGGUAUUUUCGACUAACAGUGACGAAUUUAAUUAUAAAGCCGGUUUCACAUUGAAAAUACGGUCGAUUUAGUCUAAAAUCCGACCGAUAAUUGACUUGUAUGUCAAAUUAACGAAAGUUCAAAUAAAAUGGCGAUUUUUUAUCAAAAUUUCGCGGAAUUUUGGAGGAAAUCGCGUUUUUUGAUCCUAAAAUUGACUUUACACUGAAAAUACGGUGAAUUUUGUCAAAAAUCCGGUUACCGGUUACGAAAAUGUAAAAUUUUAUUGUCUACCCCGUAUAUUUACAUUAAAUUUCGUAAUAUAUGGAUCGAAGAUAGAGUUUUUCGUUAAAAUAAAAUUUAAAAUUGAAUUUUGUCGGUGUCGUUAUUACUUUUUGAACAUUCUGUGUAUAGUUUUUCGCUGAAAUUUUAUCGUAAAUGUAAUGAUAAUAAUAAUAAUAAUAAUAAUACGAGCACACCAAUUUCGACUAGCGUUCAAAUGCCUUCUAUAUGUUUGAAGAUGCCUUUUCCAGCAAUAGCAUUUUGAAAUUUUCGGUUUUAGUAUUCGAUAUCAAAGAAGAAAAUUGCAACAAACAUUGAAAUUAAAUUUUAGGAUUUUUUCAUCGCAUCCUGCCUUUUCUUUCCUAUAUUUUCGAUAAACUUGUUAAAAAAAUCGUAUUUGUGGUUUUUAUUUGAAAAAAUUCGGUUUUGUUCAUAUUUUUUUGCUCCGGUCUCCCCUAUUUUUCGAUUUACACCUUUAACGGGUUAUUUUUUUUACUAAAUCGGAUGAAAAUUCUAUUUUUUAGAACCGUUUGUGUUUUGUUUCAAGAAAAGUUCGUUUUUUUUCGAAUAUUUCCCAUACUUUUCCUUAUUUUUUAAAUAUAUUUCCAAAGUAACGUACUAGUGUUGCUAAAUCAACUAAAAAAAUCGAUUCUAUAGAAAAAUUCAUUACGUCGUUUGUUGUUUUUUCGAAAAUUUCCUCUACUCUCCCCCAAUUUUUCAAUAAAAAGUUGAAAAAUCGAAUCACUAUAAGAAUUUAUGACGUCUUGUUGAAAAAAUUUUUUUCCUCAACUCUCCCCCAUUUUUCAAUAAUUGUCUCAAAUUACGAUUUGUUUGUACUAAAUUUAAGUAAAAAUGAAUUUUUAUAAAUUUUGUGACUCCAUUUUUGAAAAAACUCGUUCUUUUUCAAAUCUUUUCUCCACUCUCCCCCAUUUGUCGAUAUUCGCCCUCAAUUACGUUUUAUUAGUGAGAAAUUUGAUAAAACUUGAACUUUACUCCAAUCUCCCCUAUUUUUCCUUUCCAUAACUUACGGGGUACGUUCUGAAAGUAGUAAAACUGAUGGAAAACCCAGUAUGUAAAACAAUUUUUAAUUUUUCUUAUGAAAAACUAGUUUUUACCCAAAUAUUUCCUCAACUCUCCCCCAUUUUUCAAUAAAUAUCUCAGAUUACGAUUUGUUUGUACUAAAUUUGAGUAAAAUUGAAUUUUUAUAAAUUUUGUGACUCCAUUUUUGGAAAAACUCGUUCUUUUUCAAAUCCUUCCUCCACUCUCCCCCAUUUGUCGAUAUUCCUCCCCCAUUUGUCGAUAUUCGCCCUCAAUUACGUUUUAUUAGUAAGAAAUUUGAUAAAACUUGAACUUUACUCCAAUCUCCCCUAUUUUUCCUUUUCAUAACUUACGGGGUACGUUCUGAAAGUGGUAAAACUGAUGGAAAAUCCAGUAUGUAAAACAAUUUUUAAUUUUUCUAAUCAAAAACUAGUUUUUACCCUAUUAUUUCCCCAACUCUCCCCCAUUUUUCAAUAAAUAUCUCAGAUUACGAUUUGUUUGUACUAAAUUUGAGUAAAAUUGAAUUUUUAUAAAUUUUGUGACUCCAUUUUUGGAAAAACUCGUUCUUUUUCAAAUCUUUUCUCAACUCUCCCCCAUUUGUCGAUAUUCGCCCUCAAUUACGUUUUAUUAGUAAGAAAUUUGAUAAAACUUGAACUUUACUCCAAUCUCCCCUAUUUUUCCUUUUCAUAACUUACGGGGUACGUUCUGAAAGUGGUAAAACUGAUGGAAAAUCCAGUAUGUAAAACAAUUUUUAAUUUUUCUUAUGAAAAACUAGUUUUUACCCUAUUAUUUCCUCAACUCUCCCCCAUUUUUCAAUAAAUAUCUCAGAUUACGAUUUGUUUGUACUAAAUUUGAGUAAAAUUGAAUUUUUAUAAAUUUUGUGACUCCAUUUUCGUAAAAACUCGUUCUUUUUCAAAUCUUUUCUCCACUCUCCCCCAUUUGUCGAUAUUCGUUCGCCCUCAAUUACGUUUUAUUAGUGAGAAAUUUGAUAAAACUUGAACUUUACUCCAAUCUCCUCUAUUUUUCCUUUCCAUAACCUACGGGAAACGUUCUGAAAAUUUCUGUGUUUUCGAACGUUUUUUUUAGUUUUUUUUUGGAAUCCUUUGCUCCUAUUUAUGACUUUCAUGACACCUCGUGAACUACAGAUGCUUUCCAUCGACACCAAAACUCAUUUUUUUCUAACUUGUGACGUCACACUCUAACAGGUGAGAAAAAUUGAGUUUCCACCAGCAAUCUGCUCAAGCUUGAGCCUCAAUAUUCGCGAAUUUAGAUCGAAAGUGAGGUUAAGGACAUCCCGUCGCCAUAUCUUGUCGCACAAACGGUCGAAUCACCAAUGAUAACGUCGAAUCUUAUGUAUUUCUUUUUAUUUACUAUAUAAUGACGUCAUUAAGUCCGUAUAAGAUACUGUGCGCGAAAGCGGCGAUUAUUCUUGGAAUUUUCGAUGUUUUUUGCGAUUAACUUCUUCGGAUAUUAAUACUAAAGCCCCGGUAGAAUAAGUGUCUCGUUUUUUUUUGUGUUACGUCGUUAGUGGAAAAAAAAUUUGGAUUUUGCUUGUCGCCAUGUGGUAGUUGUAUGUAUGCUUGUAUAUAAUUCAGUAUAUGGGCAUAUAUAGUAUAUUUCGACUAAUUUAUUUUAAGAUUUUUUUCUCUUUUUAAUGUACAUAUCUGUAUUGUUGAAUGGUCAAUAUAAAUGAAUAUAA